AGAUUUAAGGAAAGAAAAGUUUUCGAUUUCGAGAUUAAUAUUAAUCCGUAAAAAAAGAAAAGGAAGAUACAAGAUGGGUAUAACAGAAACCGACCCGUUAACCCGAUUGAGCUUGCCACCGGGUUUCCGGUUUUACCCGACUGACGAAGAGCUCAUGGUUCAAUAUCUCUGCCGGAAAGUCGCCGGUCACAUCUUCUCCCUCCAAAUUAUCGCCGACAUCGAUCUCUACAACUUCGAUCCUUGGAUUCUACCAAGUAAGGCGAUAUUCGGAGAGAAGGAAUGGUAUUUUUUCAGCCCGAGAGAUCGUAAAUAUCCAAACGGGUCACGACCCAACAGAGUUGCCGGGUCGGGUUAUUGGAAGGCCACCGGUACGGACAAGAUCAUAUCGACAGAGGGACGUAGAGUUGGCAUCAAGAAGUCUUUGGUUUUCUAUGUCGGAAAAGCCCCCAAAGGAACCAAAACCAAUUGGAUCAUGCAUGAAUAUCGUCUCGUCGAGCCAUCUCGCAAAAACGGAAGCUCAAAGUUGGACGAUUGGGUUUUAUGUCGGAUAUACGAGAAGAGUUCGGGUGGUCAAAGACAGGUUCAUAACAAUGUCCUGACAGAUAGAGAAUACAGCAACAACGGUCCAUCUAUCUCGUCUUUGUCUCAAUUCAACAAUGACCAUAGCUUCAUUUUCCCCGGUUCAAACCGGUCUAUACCGGUCCUAACCGAGCAGAAAACCGGGUUCAUCAACAAUCUCGAUUGGGCAAGUCUCGCCACCACGCAUAGCUCGGUUCCGGAACUCGGUCCGAGUCCCGGGUACGACGACGGAUUCUUUCACUUGAAAACGGACGAGGAAGUCGAGAGCGGCUACAGAACGCAGUGGGCGGAAAACGCUGCGUCUGCGUCUGGGAUGUUACAGUUCGGUUCGGGCGCGUUGACUCGAGGUUUUGGUGUUAACUCGAUUGAUGGGUUCGGGUUCAGGUAUCCGGGUCAACCCGGUGGGUUCGAGUUUAUGUGAUGAUGUAAUGGUGACGUAAUAAAAACAUAGGAUUUUUUUGGAGGGAAAAUUCGAUGUGAAUAUAUUAAUAUAUUCGAAUUCUUUUGAGUAAGAACAAGAUCGCAUCCUUGGAGCUGUGAUGAAGUGUGAGGAUUCGAUAAUAGCGUUAGAAAAAAAAGGAACACAACUUAUACUUUAUAAUUAAAAUUGCCUUUCUGGAUA